AGAGCUUCUCCCGGAGGGACCAGUCCCCCGGCGGGGUUGCCGUGGAGACCGAGCGAGCUUUGUGGAUGCCCUGGCGCGCUGAGGCCCGGCCUUCUGCUGCCCGUCUGCGGAGGGGACCCACAGGACCGACGCCAAGAUGAUGCUUUCAAGGGCCAAACCUGCUGUAGGCGGGGACCUACCGCAUACUGACAAAAGAAAGAAGAAAGGUAGGAAGAUUCCAAAACUAGAGGAGCUACUUUCACAAAGAGAUUUCACUGGAGCUAUUACCCUGUUGGAGUUCAAACGUCAUGUUGGGGAACAAGAAGAGGAUACUAAUUUGUGGAUUGGAUACUGUGCUUUUCACCUGGGUGACUACAAGAGAGCUUUGGAGGAAUAUGAAAAUGCAACAAAAGAGGAAAAUUGCAAUCCUGAAGUCUGGGUGAACCUAGCCUGUACCUACUUUUUUCUUGGAAUGUAUAAGCAAGCUGAAGCAGCUGGAUUUAAAGCUCCAAAAAGCCGACUUCAAAACCGCCUCCUCUUCCACUUGGCUCACAAGUUUAAAGAUGAGAAGAAGUUGAUGAACUUUCAUCAGAAUCUUCAGGAUGUCACAGAAGAUCAACUCAGUUUGGCUUCAAUCCACUAUAUGCGAUCUCACUACCAAGAAGCUAUUGAUAUUUAUAAGCGAAUACUUCUAGAUAACAGGGAAUACCUUGCCCUCAAUGUUUACGUGGCCCUUUGCUACUACAAGUUGGAUUACUAUGAUGUGUCUCAAGAAGUUCUGGCUGUUUAUCUUCAGCAAAUCCCUGAUAGUACCAUCGCACUCAAUCUCAAGGCCUGUAAUCACUUUCGCCUUUACAACGGCAAAGCAGCUGAGGCAGAACUCAAAAGCUUGAUGGACAACGCUUCUUCUUCCUUUGAAUUUGCUAAAGAACUCAUCAGGCAUAAUCUGGUUGUUUUCCGAGGAGGUGAAGGGGCUUUGCAGGUUUUGCCUCCCCUAGUUGAUGUCAUUCCUGAAGCUAGGCUAAACUUAGUGAUUUACUACCUUCGUCAAGAUGAUGUACAAGAAGCUUAUAACUUAAUUAAGGAUCUGGAACCCACUACUCCUCAGGAGUAUAUCCUCAAAGGAGUGGUCAAUGCAGCCCUUGGCCAGGAAAUGGGUUCGAGGGAUCAUAUGAAAAUUGCCCAGCAAUUCUUCCAGUUGGUGGGAGGAUCAGCUAGUGAAUGUGAUACAAUACCAGGGAGGCAGUGCAUGGCUUCAUGUUUCUUCCUGCUUAAGCAGUUUGAUGAUGUUUUAAUUUACCUCAACUCAUUUAAGAGUUACUUCUAUAAUGAUGACAUCUUUAACUUUAAUUAUGCCCAAGCCAAAGCUGCAACUGGCAAUACCAGUGAGGGUGAAGAGAUUUUCCUUUUAAUCCAAAGUGAGAAGAUGAAAAAUGACUACAUUUACCUCAGUUGGCUAGCUCGGUGCUACAUUAUGAAUAAGAAACCAAGACUAGCCUGGGAACUUUAUCUCAAGAUGGAAACCUCUGGCGAGUCCUUUAGCCUCUUACAGCUGAUUGCUAAUGACUGCUACAAGAUGGGCCAGUUUUACUAUUCCGCCAAGGCAUUUGAUGUCUUAGAGAGGCUGGAUCCCAACCCUGAAUAUUGGGAAGGCAAGAGAGGUGCCUGCGUAGGCAUAUUCCAGAUGAUCUUGGCCGGGAGAGAACCCAAAGAGACCCUACGAGAAGUGCUCCACUUACUGAGGAGCACGGGUAACACGCAGGUAGAGUACAUCAUCCGGAUCAUGAAGAAAUGGGCCAAAGAGAACAGAGUGCCUGUCUGACGCGGCUCCCGAGUCCUGAGGAACCAACCAGUCAGCACUUUGGCAGAAACUUGGAGUCACUUUCCUCACGGCAGCGUAAGGUGCGGGGCUGUUUGAGUCACAUUUCCUUCCUCGCUCUUUGAGCCUGAAGGUCGCGGCUUGCUUAGGCCUAGCCUCUUGGCCUGGCCGAGCGCAGUGCUUGGUCUGUGCUGUGGCUCCUGAAAGAUCCGACGAGCAAUAAGACUUUGGACUUGUCUGGUGCCUUUCUUCCAAAAAUACUCUUACGUACUUUCCUGACUUUAAAGAGAAUGGCAUAAUUUUUAAAAUAUAUAUUAGCAUUCCAUGGCAUUUUCUCCAAGCUGCAAUAACAAUGCCUUUGAUGCUCAAGGGUCACCAUUAUUCUAUCUUAAUUUUAGCCAUCUAUGUACGUUAUUCUGUUUACUGGGGAGUUCCAUAAAAGGUUUUGUAUUGUAUCUUUGAAUCUUGGUCGAGGAGAGGUUAUAAAUACUUAUAUCAUUCUAAGAAUGGCAGCAGUAUCCUUUAUCAAACUGGUCAGUCAUUAAUGGAUAAGAGGCCGACAGGGUGACUGUUGCAGUGGUUGAAUUCUUGAUGACAUUACAGUGGAGUAACAUGAGUACUGCAGUUUUUUAAAAAGGUGAGUACAAUGAAAAAAAUGUGUGUGGGACAUUUAAAGGUAUUCAGGAAACGAAGUAUGAAAAUCUCAUCAGUCACUUCUCCAUUAUAUUUUAGGUAACAUAGCAGGUUAGGUUUUUUCCUUCAUGUAUCUUGCUGAAUAAACAUCAAUUUUGAAAGUAGGGCUACAAAGAUUAUUUAUUAAUGUAAUGGUAAUAAUACAUAUAAUAGUGAUAAUACAUGGAUCGUGUAGAGCCCUUUGAGGGAUCUCCUAAUGGCUGGACUCUUUGUCCUAAGUUGUAUUCCAGCCCAGUGUUUUCUGAGCUCUCACAGCGUAAACCUAUUAUAAAAAAGAAUUUUUAGGCUUACAACCUAUUUUCAGAAAAUAGACCUACGUGUUUUUUAUGUACCACAUUACCUUUGUUUCUCCAUUAUACCAUUUUUUUUCUAUUAGUAAGGUUCCAGUAUUACAGGUGUAGUGAGUGCAGAGCCAUUCCUAUCUAGCAUGAGAACCGAAAGUCAUAAUUCCUUGAACACCAAAGACAAGAAUUCCUAUAAGCACCAUGUCAGUUUUUCCACCUAUACCCCCAACAUCCACUGUGGAUGAAGAAGUUGUACAGAAUGGAGGCGGGAACAUGGCAGGGUCCGAGCAGCUGAGGGGAGAGGGUCAGUGACCGCAGAGAGCCUUUGCCUUCAGACAGUUGCAAGAGGUUCUCUUGGCUCUGCUCAAGAAGAUGGCCAGUUUUCCAGUCGUUUAUUUAGACUCAGAUCUAAUCAAUUCAGAGCACAAAUCAAAAUAAACUGGCCUGAAUAACUGAAUUUUAGAGAACACAGUUGUAUCAUUUUUAACAUGCCAAAGCUUGUGUAUCCUCAUUAUGUUGUUUCUAUUUUUUCAAUAAUUGGUUCUCAGCAUCUAAGGUACCAGGUGGGUGAGAUCAUGACAGAACCUGCUGUAAUCUUUAGAAUCCUGGUGAUUCUAACUUGCUUCACUUAAAAUAUUAGGAAACAUCAUAGUAGAUAAAGACACAUAGAACUUUUCAGAGGUACUUGGCAAUGAAUUUUGUCUUCCAGUCAAUUGCUAUUAUUUUCAAAUUUCCUAUACUUGGAAAGCUUUUCCAUUGAUGGUGAUUUACUUUUAAAUGAGCUUUUGUUGAACUUAACACUCUAGCUUCUUCCUGCCAUUUUCCUAUCUUUUGAGGAAAAAACCCAGAUAUUCCCAAAAGAGCAAUUCUCAGAAUUUUAGAUUAACCUUUUGAAAAGUUUUUAAUCUAUAGAAUUGAGCCAAAAAAAAAACCAAACCAUAAGGACUAGUUAAAGAGAGAUACCAUCCAAUUCUGUUAAGGACAGCUCCUUCUGAAACAUCUUAGCAGGGUCUCAGGAUUUCAGGGUAGUGCUGCACAGAGAGGGGAAGGUCCAAGCCUAGGAAUGUAGUGCAGGGUGCAUGGUUCAUAGCAUCAGUGUACACUGUAUAAUCUGUAGCAGAUACUACUGGCAAAUGGAAAAAUUUUUAAUUAUUUUUGUACUUCAAAAGAAUUAUUAUAUUCCACUGUAACAUUCCAAUUAAAGUUUAUUGUUUGGUUCUUAUUUACAA